AGCAAUGUGAGUUCCGACCUGCAAUGUGCGACCGCGUAGGACUGCAAGCAAUGUGAGUUCCGACCUGCAAUAUUAUAAGCGACCAUCCCAUAACCCACGCACCGCCCGAUUACGAAUACAGUGCCACUUUGCGUGCGUCUGUGUUGCAUAGUCUGGUACCUGCUGUCCGAUUUGUCCGUCAUGCGAUCAACAAAGUCAGUCAAAUUUUAAUGUUUUUGAGUUCCAGGAAUAAUCUUUUGCACAGGACUGCAGGUACCAGUCUUGUCUUAAAAUGGCGGCGCCCAUGAGUUUUUUUUCUCUGUGCAUGAUUAGUUGUGUUGUUUGAUUUUGAAACAAAUGCUUACUUUGCAACAAUGGAUGAGAAACGCUUGAAUGCAGGAUUUGUGGCGGUUCAUUUAGGAGCAGGUUAUCAUGCACAAGAGAAUAUGCAAGAGUACAAAGCAGUAUGCCAGAAAGCAUGCAAACAGGCCAUGGAGCUCAUCAGAAGACAAGCAAUUGCCUUAGAUGUAGUGGCUGCAACAGUUGCCAUUCUAGAGGAUAGUGCAUUCACCAAUGCAGGUAUUGGAUCCAACCUCAAUCUAUGUGGCAAUGUAGAAUGUGAUGCAAGUAUCAUGGAAGGUACCAGUCUACUGUAUGGCGCUGUCGGGGCCAUACCUAGUAUUCGGAAUCCUAUCAAGGUAUGCCAAGCUCUCAUCUCUGAGCAGAAGAAAGGAACCUUGUCAUGUGGUCGAAUUCAACCGUGCUUUUUGGUUGGCAAUGGUGCCUUACAGUGGGCUCAAGAUCACGGUAUCAAGGGGGUGUCAAUGAGUUCACUACUCACCAAAAACUCACUCAAGGCUUACCGCAAACACAAAAGAAGACUUUCUGAUGUAGAACAGGGGGUGGCAAAGACAAGAAACAUCGAAGAAACCAAUACGCAGUCAGAAUGUGUGACCCCAGCCAGUGACCCCAUCCGUGAUAUCUCAAGGUGUUCCCCAAUGGACACCGUAGGAGCAGUUUGUGUUGAUGCAGACGGGAAUGUUGCCAGUGCUGUAUCUAGCGGAGGCAUAACACUAAAACAUCCUGGACGAGUCGGGCAGGCCUCAUCCUACGGGUGUGGUUGCUGGGCACAGACAGGGCGUGGCACAGUUCCUUCUGUUGCUUGUAGUACGUCAGGGUGUGGGGAAUAUCUCAUCAGGACCCUUCUGGCUAAGGAGUGCUGUGAUGGAGUGCUACAGUCAGAUGGAUGUACCACUAUUGGGAUACAGAGGGUCUUCAAACAGAAGUUCCUUGAAUCACCGUUCCUUGCUUCAGUAGACGCUAAGCUUGGUGGCGCCCUCACGUUAUCUCAUAAUCCAGACGAAGGGGUUGAGUUGGUGUGGGCUCACACCACCGAGAGUAUGUGCCUAGCCUACAUGAGUCCUAACUCAAAAGCACCAAAGUUCCAGAUUUCUAGGUUACCAACAUCUUCAACGGCAGGGAAAUCUCUGCAAAUACAAGGCAUACAUUGCUAAAUGUCUUCGCAGAGAGUUUAAACAUCAAACCGCUCUACAACAGUGUCUGAUGACAAAGCGUCUGGACAUUACUCCACUUGAUGGUGUAGUCAAGUUCCAUGUCUGCCAGUUCAUUCUUCAUCUGGGCGACAUGGUGUGGAGGU